UUGUGGGCUUUCUGGAGCAACGUGAUUGACAUUUUCUUUCCAGAUAUUGCUAAGGCAUUCGAAUGUCCGGUCAUCCAUGUUAAUGGUGAUCAUCCUGAGGAUGUCGUUAAAGCCACACGACUUGCGAUGGCAUAUCGACAGAAGUUCCGCAAAGACAUAUUUAUUAAUAUGAUUUGUUAUCGUCGCUGGGGACACAAUGAGUUGGAUGAUCCGUCAUUUACGCAGCCGAUCAUAUAUAGGGUAAUCGAGAGCCGUGAUUCGGUGCCAAGACAGUACGCUGACGAGCUCAUAGAUCAAGGUCUGCUCACCGAAGACGAAGUUAAGCAAGAGAAGGAUGCGCAUACUGCUAAGCUCAUGGAGUCUUUCAAAGCUAUUGAUGCAACACCACCCGUAGCAAAACAUUUGGAAGGCUACUGGAAAGGGUUUGUACAGGCCCCAGCCGAAGCACAAAAAUGGGACACUGGUUGCGAUACGAAUCUACUGAAAUACAUUGGAGCUGCAUCCGUUAGAGUACCGGAAGGUUUUAACGUACACCCUCAUCUCCAGAAGACGCACUGUGAAGCACGAAUCCAAAAGAUGGUCGCUGGUCAGGGUAUAGACUGGGGUACAGCCGAGUCACUGGCUUUCGGAUCGCUGUUGUUAGAAGGAAAUGACGUCCGGAUCAGUGGGCAAGAUGUCGGUCGAGCAACGUUCAGUUUUCGGCAUGCUAUGUUGGUGGACAAUAAAUCUGAUCUGACUCAUAUACCUCUCAACUUCAUCACUGAUGAUCAAAAGGGAUUUCUUGAGAUAGCGAAUAACAUCCUGUCCGAAGAAGCUGUCCUUGGUUAUGAGUUCGGCUUCUCCCUCGAUCAUCCACGACGGUUAUGUGUAUGGGAAGCUCAGUUUGGAGAUUUCUUCAACGGUGCCCAGAUCAUUAUCGAUACCUUUUUGGCUAGUGCGGAAACUUACAAUUAG